AUCCGCUUUCUCGAUGCCCAAUGUUGGAGAGUAAUGGCGGCGUGCCGGGGAUCCUCGUCGAAAUGGUUUUUUACCCGGGAACAGCUCGAAACAACGCCGUCCCGUCGAUGUGGAGUCGAACCAGACCGAGAGCUCUCCUACCGGCAACAAGCGGCAAAUCUGAUCCAAGAUAUGGGUCAGAGACUCAACGUCUCCCAACUAACAAUAAAUACAGCCAUUGUUUACAUGCAUAGAUUUUAUAUGAACCACUCCUUCACCAAAUUCCACAGGAAUAUAAUCUCUCCAACCACCUUAUUCUUGGCCGCAAAAGUGGAAGAGCAACCUCGGAAACUCGAACAUGUGAUCAAAGUGGCACAUGCUUGCCUCAAUCCCCAAGAAUCGCCUCUAGACACAAAGAGUAAUGCAUACCUCCAGCAAGCUCAAGAGCUGGUGAUACUUGAAUCCAUAGUGCUGCAGACCCUGGGCUUUGAAAUUACUAUUGAUCACCCACACACUGAUGUGGUGAAAUGUUCCCAGCUAGUGCGAGCAAGCAAGGAUCUGGCACAGACUUCCUAUUUCAUGGCUACCAACAGUCUACACCUCACUACGUUCUGCCUCCAGUACAAACCCACAGUGAUCUCCUGUGUGUGCAUCCACCUGGCCUGUAAGUGGUCAAACUGGGAGAUCCCAGUUUCCACUGAUGGGAAACACUGGUGGGAGUACGUGGACAACUCGGUCACCCUCGAGCUGCUUGAUGAGUUGACCCACGAGUUUCUGCAGAUUCUGGAGAAGACGCCCAGCCGGUUAAAGAGGAUUCGCAACUGGAGGGCAACACAAGCUGCCAAAAAGCCAAAGGGUGACGGCACAUCGUUGAAUGACAACUCCUUUGCCGGGCCUUCCAUGCUUCAAGAUGAUGCAUCACUCCCUGGUGGCUCCUGCAACCCAAGUUUUUCCAAGGCGGGCGCUGCCUUCAUGUCUGGCCCCUCCGGGGAUGGACACCUGUCUCUGGAAUCCUUGGCUGGCUCGUACAACCCAGCCAGCCACAGCGAGUGGCCCCUGGGUAACCAGAGCCAAGCAGGGUAUGCUACCUCCAGUAUAAAACAGGAACCCCUCAGCAUCCCUCUGCAAGAGCCCUCCCUGCUUCUUAAUGCGCCAGUAUACAGGACUGAUAAAACACUGGACUUCAUACCUGUCAAACAGGAACAAAAAGGAGGCCAGCCUCCUCCACCACAACCGUCUCCAGCUCAGAAGCUGUCUCUGGACAGAUACAGAGAGAAACAAGCAGCAGAGCAGACUGUCUCCGGGCAUAAACGCAGCCAGGAACAGCAUGGAGGAAUAAUGGAUUGUGACGGGAGGGGGGACAUGUUAUCUUCCUCCUCUUCUACCUAUGCACCCGCGAGCCAAGUAGACCAUAGAAAACAUUCACAGCCCCACCAAACAUCCCACGGUGUUGGUGGAGGCACCACCGCCUCCCCGAUGAAAAUGAAAGCCCCCUCCUCAACUUCAGGGCAAGAAAGACGUCAUAAUAGUGACAAGCGGGACAAAGGCUCACUCAAGCUCCGCCUGGCUGUCCCCGGGUCUGGCGGGGGCUACCAGCUGGACAAAGGCGGACUGCCAAUCAAAGACGAGCUCAAGAUGAAGAUAAAAGUCUCAUCAUCGGAGCGCCACAGCUCAUCGGACGAAGGCAUGGCGGCCAACAACAACAACAAGAGCAAACAUUCCAGCCCUCUGGUGAUUAAGGAGAAACAGCACCGUGUAGCAGAUCACCUCCAUCGCCACCACAAGCACAGUCAUCCUCACACACACAGCGGGAACGGCGGGGGAGGCCCUCUGCGGGGGCUGCCGGGCAUGGAAGGGCCCAUACUCGCUCCUCCAGGAUCCCUGUCUUCCUCAUCGCGCAAGAGGGCGUACCCCGAGGCCGGCCACAACCACCACCCCCUCUCCUCAUUCUCCACCUCAUGCUCCAAAGUGAGCAAAAACUCCAAGGGUGGCACAGUUGCUGCAGGUGGGCUGCGGACCUCUCAGCAGUACCCUCCUCCUCCUCCUCCUAGUGAAUCGCCACAUGAAGUGGGAGAGCAGAGACACUGAGAGACCCCUCUCUGCAGCCAUGGCCCAAACUACCCACAGCUCAGACUAUGCUCCCUGUUAAGUGCCCUGUGAAAAAUAACUCUUUAUGUCAUGAUAAACCCUUUACUGAAUGGCAGAAACGCGUAUCUGCAACAAAAAAAAAGAUAAGUAUUGUUGGACCUCUCAAUUUCUGAGACAAGAAAGAUGAAAAAAAUUAUGCUUCCUGACCGUCAGAUCUCUGGGCCCUAAUGCUCAGUCCUUUCUUUCUGUUAGUGUUGAAUUGCUGCUUGGUUCUCCUUCCUCAAAUGAGUCUCGGAAUGUGCAAAGUUGGGUGAAUGUGUGCGUUUUCAUCGAGGGGAAAGUACUUCCCUGCAUUUCAGAUCUCAGUAUGGGAAAAAGUACUAUAAGAGGCACUUAAGGUGCUCUUUCUUCCUUCUUUUUUUUAACGAUUAAUUUAAUUGAAUCCCAUUUCUGCGGUUGUAUGUAGGAAGGCAGUUACCAGCUGGAGAGGAGUUCAAGUUGUGAAGUUAUGUUGGCUGGCCUUCCAAUUAAUACUGUUGAUGGAUGCAACUUUUAUUUUUUAGGUGUGAAUUUUCAUCUCCUCAAUCUCUUUCUUGUCUUGAUUUAUUUUUUAUACUUUAGUACUGUGCGUAUGAUUUGCAUGUUUCAAUCAUCAAAGGGAUUUAAAAGGAGAAUACGUACUUGCUGUUUACAGAAAGUGGAGAUAAAUGUACAUACGUUUUUGUAUGUUUAAAGAAAAAAAUAUGACUACUCAGGUUUGGAGCUGCUUGUAAGUAUAACAAGAUAACUAUAAUACCUAUAAAAUACUUUUAUUUUGUUGAUCAACGGAUUGGGUGUCAUCUGGUGAAUGAUUGCAGCAUCCCAGUGGCAUGUGCUUCUUACACCUUCCUGAAGGGGGACCUGUACUGUGCUUUUCAUCACAGGGAAUAUCAGUUGAUGCCCUCAGUGACACAGGCACAUCCAACACCUACUUAUUAUAACAUCAGUGAUGCAAUUUCUACCAAAAACAUUUUUUUUUCUUUACCUAUAAGUAGACCUUUAAGCUGGAUGCCAAAGGUUGUGCCUCAAAAAGACAAACAACUGACAAAGACAGUAGUAGUGUGCUAUUUAAGUUUACAUAACCCUUUUUCUUUGAAGUGUAUCACGUAGUCAUGAAAUUUCAUGACGUGAAGCUGUAGCCUUUAGAUGUCAGCCCUUAAAUGGGAUACAUGUAAGUAUGAUUCAAUCAGCCAAUAACAUGGUACUAUAUAGAAAAAAAACAAUCGAACCGGGACCAAUUGGCCAUAUGCAACCAAUAACUGCUGGAUAUUUUGGCAUCUGCAAUGUUAACACCCCAACUAGGUUUUGUCUUCAUCCAAUUGGUUAAAUUGACAUUUACAGCCAUGUACCUGUCCGAACAUGUCUUCAGUUUCAUACAUUAAACUGCAAUGUUCUCAAA